CACCAUUGCUUCUUCUCAACGCCAAUUGUUGUCCUAAUUGUCCUCCAAAACCCAAUCCUAAAGCACGGGGUCGGCUCACAUCCAUUCUACCCUAGUCAAAGGAUUUAGACUUGGACCUCGGUCGAGUAAUUACCACGGUUGCAAUACCCCGGCGUCGGUACGAGAUCGGAAAAGUCCCCAACGAUCAUCGACGACUCCGGUCAGAUUUACUACGUCUCAGGUUUCUGUUUGAGAGAGUGAGCAACGUGUAUGUGUCUUUGUCUAUAUUGAGAAAUGGCGACAAUAGAUGAAUAUGUUCUCAAGGUUUACAGCUCAAUGACACAACAGAAGGAGGUGUUUGAGCCUAAAGUAGCGGGAAAGGUGGGCAUGUAUGUCUGUGGUGUCACUGCCUAUGACCUCAGCCACCUUGGCCAUGCUCGAGCAGCCGUGUCCUUUGACAUUCUCUACAGAUAUCUCCUACACUUGGGCUAUGAAGUGACUUAUGUUCGGAAUUUCACAGAUAUUGAUGACAAGAUAAUCAAUCGAGCAAAAGAGCUUAAGGAAGAUCCAUUAGCAUUAAGUGACCGAUUUUGCGAUGAAUAUCUUGUCGACAUGGAUGACCUUCAUUGCCUCCAUCCUACACAUCAGCCACGUGUGACUGAACAUAUGGAACAAAUUAUAAAAAUGACAGACCAGAUUAUCAAAAAAGAUUUUGCUUACGUGGUUGAUGGAGAUGUAUUCUUUGCUGUUGAUAAAUCUCCAAAUUAUGGCCAGUUAUCUGGUCAGAGGCUUGAAAACAACAGAGCUGGAGAACGUGUCGCCGUUGACUCUAGGAAGCGCAAUCCUGCUGACUUUGCAUUGUGGAAGGCAGCAAAGCCUGGUGAGCCAAGUUGGCAAAGCCCUUGGGGUCCUGGAAGACCUGGUUGGCACAUUGAAUGCAGUGCAAUGAGUGCUUAUUAUUUGACCCACACCUUUGACAUUCAUGGUGGCGGAAUUGAUUUGAUUUUUCCGCAUCAUGAGAAUGAGAUAGCCCAGAGCGGUGCUGCUUGCCAGGAAAGCAAUGUGAGUUACUGGAUGCAUAAUGGUCAUGUCACAAAUAACAAUGAGAAAAUGUCAAAAUCAUUGGGUAACUUCUUUACAAUUCGUCAGAUUACUGAAAUGUACCAUCCCCUGGCUUUGAGAUACUUCUUGAUAAGUGUACACUAUCGUUCUCCUCUCAAUUACUCGGUUCUACAACUUGAAAGUGCAUCUGAGGCUGUUUUCUACAUUUAUCAGACUCUGCAAGAUUGCGAAGAUGGCUUAUUACCGUUUAAAGAAGAGUUGAAGGAGAGUGCGGAACAGAAGGGAAAAACGGCCAAGGCUAAUGAUGAUGCCCAAAAAAGCAUUAAUAAGCUACGGAAGGAGUUCCAGACUAAGAUGUCAGAUGAUUUGAACACUUCCCCUAUACUGACUGGUGCUUUUCAAGAUGCCUUGAAGUGCGUAAACAUCUGUUUAAAUAUGCUCAAGAAGAAGCUACAGAAGCAACAAAAAUCAGUGUAUAUUCAAUCCCUUAUUGAAUUAGAGAAGGAAGUGAAGGAAGUUCUGAAAAUUCUGGGAAUGCUGUCACCUUGCACCUAUGCUCAGGUUUUGAUGCAGUUUAAAGACAAGGCAUUGAAGAGGGCAGGGUUAGCAGAAGAAGAUGUAUCUCGCGCAAUAGAAGAGAGAGCUGUUGCUAGGAAAAAUAAAGAUUUUUCAAAGAGUGAUCAAAUUCGGGCUGAUUUGACUGUUCAGGGUAUUGCCCUCAUGGACCUUGGAAACGAAACAGUUUGGAGACCAUGUGUACCUGUUCAACAGGAUCAGGAGGAACCACAUGUAGCAGACAGCUGAUGAUAAUUAUCUGAACGUUUCACACAAAGGGCUAUGUUGCUGUGAUUAACUGGAGAACACAGACAGCGAGUGCACAAUGGUUUAUCUUCCAGUUGGUUGUCUCCAACAUAAUGCAAGUAGGUACGAAUGUAUAAAUACACACAUAUAUACAGCAAUAACUAGUAGUACAGGUGGUUCUAUAAAAUAAUUUAUAUGCUCCUGUAAACAUGCUCCAUCAUUCCAAUACUAAACUAUUUCAAGAAACUUGUUUGGAUUAUGUAAACCAAGAAAUGAAAAAACUAAUACGUAGAAAAUCUAAUUGGAUCAUGGUGACUAAGGACUCUGGACAUCCCUGGAAGGUGACCCCCACUAAUGAAAAAGUUUAAAUAGAGAAAUUAACAAUAGACCUAAUUGGCUAAAAGAGCAGGUGCAUGUCCACAUCAUAUAUAUAUAACAAGAAGCCAUGUGUCUUGGACCCAUGUAAAGCUCCGAUACUUGGAUUGUCCCACUACCUGAAUGCCCAAUCCCAGCUACUACAUAUUAUUGUGUUUUAGGGCAAAGUUGUGGGACUGAAUUUGAUUUUCUUUAUAGACUUCCUCCGCCUCACCAACCACUAAGAGUUGUGCUUUUCUUAUUGUUCCCCAGAUGUCAAAAAGGUCUUAAAGGAGAUAAAAAGAAAACUUGUUCCAAGGGCACAAGUUUCAGGUUCAUGAUCAUUAUGCUUGGCUAUGUACACCUUUUCUUUAUAUGGAUAUCCCAAUUCCCAACAUUUUUGGCCCCAAAGAAUGAACCCAAAAAUGACCAAUCCAUCUAUCUCUACUACUUGAGGACUCGUACUGUGUGUGUGACCAUAUAUAUCAUCAUUAAUUAGAGGCACCUAAAAGCACCGACCAAUUGGAGAUGAAAGAACUUCUCUUUCUGGUUUUAUAAGCUUCAUUUUGCACUUAACCAUUCAAGGGUGGCCAAGUUAGCUGGAGUUUAAUCCUUCUAGCUGAGAGAUCCAAGCUCAACGAUCUCCAUUUUAAACUCUAAACAUUCUGUAAUUUAUUAGAUACUUGACGAGAAUGAGCCAAUUCAUUCAAGUAUCCGAGAUUUAAAUGGGUCAAAGACCCAUGAUUACUCAUCAUAGAAGGUUUUUUUUUUUUUUCCAUUUUGCAUGCAACCUAUGAAAGGCACUAUUUUUAGUGGGUGCCUUCCACUUACCCUUUUGAAAACAUAUUUAAUCUUCUCUAAACACUAAAAUGAUGCACUAAUUAUCUUGUUUGGAUGGUUACACGUAAGUUAGCUAGCUUUAUGAUAUUCACAAGUCUCUAGGAGUUGUAAAAUCCACAUUCUUAUGAAGCUAGUCAUUGUUAUCUGAUGAGGAUUUAAAAAAGUAAGGACAUUUGCUUGUUGAAUUUGACCUUAUUAGUGUGUCUAAACUCUAAAUUGUAUUUUUGGCAAGUAAAAGUUGGACAAUUGUGAAUCACUAAACCCUAAACUCUAAUUUCCAAUUUUUCACUAUCAAUGGAUCAAAUCCAACAACUUAAAAGAAAAAGGUUAGCAAAUUUUAAAAAGUAAGUCGUAUUCAUAGGAGAAUUUAGAGAAUGUCGGGCAUGCAUAUGUGUAGGUGAAUUCCUAAUAUUUUAGUCCUGCAUGAGUUUGCUACUUUGCUCCCACUUUACAUAUCAUUUCAUGGUCAAGAUGUUGAGGCUCACAAGAAGUCCCAACAAACCAUAUUGGUAUGGUGGGUAGGAGUUUUAGAGACUAGAAUAUAGUC